CAUUAGUAUAAGAUUGAAAUGAUUAAAUAUUUUUAUGAAGUAUAUAUUUAUGUAGGAUGAAAAAAUACUAUUGUGAUGAAUAAAUAUAAAUUUUAAGAUGUCUACUCCUGUAUCGAGUCGAAAAUAUGGGGCUCAAAAAGUUCGUCUCACAAUAUUGUGCGCCCGAAAUCUUGUUCGAAGAGAUCUUUUUCGAUUACCUGAUCCAUUUGCCAAGAUAUCAGUGGAUGGCAGUGGACAGGUUUACUCGACUAAUACAGUCAAAGCAACAUUAGAUCCAAAAUGGAACACACAUUAUGAUUUGUAUCUCACAAAAGGCGAUGGAAUCACAAUCAGUGUUUGGAAUCAACGCAAAGUGCAUAAGAGGCAAGGUUCUGGCUUCUUAGGAUGUGUUAGAAUUCAGCCAUCCACAGUGAAUAAAUUAAAAGAUACAGGAUAUCAAUGCUUAGAACUUUGUGAAGAUAGUUCUGGGGAAACUUGUGGAGUUAAAGGCCAAGUAAUUGUAUCAUUGCUAUCCAGAGAUGGUAGUAGAGGUGAGCCAGCUUCUGCUGCUGGUGAAGGGUCCCCAUUAGCAGUAGUGGGACCAGCAGGAGAUGUUCAGUCUCCUAGGGAACAACCACCUUUGAACAAUAAUACACAUCAGUCACAGCUUUGGAAAGAAAAAUUUACACCUUCUGGCAGGGCUUACUAUGUAAAUCAUGCACUACGACAAACACAGUGGGAAAGACCUGCGCCUGAACUUGUGGAAACAGCAAGUCCACGGCCAUCCACACCCCCCUUACCUGGCCCUCAUGUUAGACCUGCAUCUCCGCCGACACCCCGCCUUCCAGGGCCUUCAGUAAGCCCUAGUACUCCAAGCACGCCAUUGUCACCUAUGGCACCUGCCUCACCGACAUCAGAGAGUGAUGUUCGACAUGGAAACUCUAUUUCCCUUAGACCGGAGCCUCAGCCACAGACAGCAGUUCGAAGUAGAGUGCCUGCAACACCGGUGUCUCCCACCAACAACAACUCUGCUUCAUUCCCAUCAGCCAGUUCUAUCACUGCUACAGACCUGCCACCAGGAUAUGAGAUGCGGACUACAGCCCAAGGCCAGGUGUACUUCUACAACAGUACAAACGGUGCGUCGACGUGGCACGACCCCCGCGUGCCACAGCACCUGCGUCAUUGCGCGGCCACCGCGGGUCCGUUGCCACCUGGCUGGGAGAUGAGGCACGCGCCCUCCGGCCGACCGUACUUCGUGGACCACAACAACAGAACCACGCAGUUUACCGACCCGAGACUGGCUCUUAAUGCUAGACUGACACAGCCAGGAGAACCGACCCAAGUGCAAGCACCAGUAUCGACGAGGUCAUUCAUUCAGUCAUUCAUUACGGCGAGCGCACCCAACGAGCUGAGCGACGCGGAAGCCCUGCCCAAAUACAAGCGCGACUUGGCAGCGAAGGCGCGUGUGCUCAGAGCAGAACUCCAGGCCUUGCAGCCGCAGACCGGACAUUGUCGCAUUGAGGUUUCACGCAACGAAGUGCUGGAGGAAUCGUACCGUCUCGUGAUGAAGCUCCGCGGCAAGGAGUUGCGCAAGCGGCUGCUGGUGAAGUUCCGUGGCGAGGAGGGGCUGGACUAUGGCGGCGUGGCGCGCGAGUGGCUGCACCUGCUGGGACGCGAACUGCUCAACCCGCACUACGGCCUGUUCCAGUACGCCAACGCCGGGGAGGACCGCUACGCGCUGCAGAUCAACGCGGACUCCGGGGUGAACCCGGAACAUCUAUCAUACUUCCACUUCGCGGGUCGCAUCCUCGGUGUGGCCCUGUUCCACGGUCACCAACUAGACGCGGCGUUCACUGCGCCCUUCUAUAAGCAGCUGUUGUCCAGACCAAUCACUCUACGCGACAUAAAAGAUGUGGAUCCGGAACUGCAUCGGUCGCUUUCAUGGAUGCUAGAGAACAGCAUAGCGGGAGUGAUCGACACGACGUUCUCGGUGGAGUGCUCGUCGUUCGGCGCCGUGCGGAGCGUGGAGCUGCGGCCGGGCGGCGCGCACGAGGCGGUGACGGACGCUAACAAGCGCGAGUACGUGCGCCUGUACGUGGCGCAUCGGUUCACGCGCGGCGCCGAGCGACAGUGGCUCGCGCUGCAACGAGGCCUGGCCGACGUGGUGCCGCCGCAGCUGCUGCGACCGCUCUCGGCACGCGACCUGCAGCCGCUGCUAGCAGGUAAAGCCGACCUGGACCCGGCAGACUGGCGGCGCCACACGCGGCUCAAACACGUCACCGCCGACGCGCCCAUUGUCUCUUGGUUUUGGGAGAUAGUUGAGGAGUUCGACGGAGAAAUGCGCUCACGAUUGCUGCAGUUCGUCACCGGGUCACGCCGCGUCCCACUGGCUGGCUUCCGAGCGCUGCAGGGCUCCACUGGGGCCGCGGCACCCCGACUUUUCACUCUUCACCUGGUCGCCGACGCGUCACCCGACUCUCUCCCCAAAGCCCACACGUGCUUCAACAGAUUAGACCUUCCCCCGUACCCGUCGAAGGAGAAACUACGCGAUAAACUCACACAGGCCGUGCUCGAGACUGCCGGGUUCGCAGUCGAAUGAGUCGCCGAAUUAUGUAAGGUUGUUACGCUUUAAUUAUAUUAAAGCAAAAAAACGCUUUAAUUAUAUUAAUACCUGGCAAAUUUGUUCGUGACCAGCGGUGCGCGUCGUUCAAGCGCCGUAUAAGUAUACUAAGGCCAACGAAACAAGAUAAAGAAAGUAAACAAAAGGACGAUUACAAAGUUACAUUGCGAUAGCGAGCGAUAUUUUUUUAUUUAUUUACACACAAACAAAUAUUUUACAAUUUUACUUAAAUUUAAGUACAAACAUAAACCCAUUCGGGUUUUACCGGGUUUAAACAAGCCUAGUUCUUACCGCAUUCUUAUUUUCAUGUACCCUUCCAUACAUUUACGUUUGUGUAUUAUUGUUCUCUGUUGAUGGUAAGGUAGUCUUAUUGUGUUUCAUACUCAUAGCAUAUCAAUAUCUCUGUACGCACGUACGCAGUAAUGGCGACAGCUGGUCGACAAUAGCUGUCGUUGCGUGUUUCGUGCUACGGGAAAGCAGUACCGCAGUUUUGAAUAUUUGGUCCGCCAUUUUGUGAACAAGUUCAUACCUGUUUGGAUUGCGUUUGAAGUGAUACGUAUUUAUUCGUUUCCGUAAUUACUUAGUUUCUUGUAAUUAUUAAUCCGCUAUUGAUAGUUAUUUCGUUGAUUUUUGCUGUUCAUUAUGUAAUCACAUCCCGGCAGCUCUAGAAAACCUUUAUAAUAUAUCAAUAUUCAAAGACAUCGAUAAAAAUGUUGUGAACACCUGAAACUUUGUUUACAUUCUUUUUCUCGUCUUAUUGGCCCUACUAUACUAUUUUUCGUUUCAAAUAUGAGUACCAUUUUUGUUAAGUUGCCAGAACUGUGCUAUGUUGUUAGUACCUAACAUAGAUAAAAAUUUGCCUUUACAUUAUAAAAGUACCUGAAACUAGAUUUCGUAUACAAUUUUAAUUCGUACCAAAAUUUAUGGACUAUGCGGAACUCAAACCCGCGCCUCUUGAGUUACGUCUGAGCGCUCUUACCAACUGAGCCAACCGUCUGAGUGACGCAUCGACUGUAAAUUCUAAAUUAAAAUUUGUCUCCAUCUACAGAAUCUAAAUUACAGUUGAUUACCUGUCAACCCCAAUAAUUGUAUAUUAGGAAUUGAACUGACUUGAGAGGUCGCUUUUUCAAAAUUAGUAUAAAUUAAAUUUGUAAAUUUAAUCUCUCACGCGAUGGAUAUUACUUAAAAAUAACAAACUGUUCAGUAGAUUUCAUUGUUAGUUAAGGAAUACCCUAUUUAAGUUUACUACAACACGAUAUCAGUAAAAUUCUAAACAACUUAUACAUCCAGUGCUAACACAAUGGGACUCUUGCGAAACGGACUUUAUGGCGCAGUAUUAUUUUUAUUUAUUACCUCCGUCGUUUGUUGUCAUUGGGGUGUCACCAACGAAUUUGUCAGGUUAUCGAAACGUAUUUGGUGUGAAGUGUAUGAGACUGACGAGGCAAUGUGACAUGACGAAAUUUUUUUAUUGGCUUGUAAGUAAUUAAGCGAUUUUAAAUUAUUAAUCGGGAUAUAUUAAAAAAAGAUACUAUAUGCAGAUACAUUUCACCUGAAUGAAAUCUAAAUAACGUUUUAAUAUGAUAUAUAGAUAGUGGAUAAUAAUAAUAGAUAAAUAUUUAAUCUAUGUUCUUCCAUUUACUUCUUACGAUCACUGUCGCUGGUGUUUGCAGUAUUUUUCAUAAAACGACGUCAAUAUAUUAAACUAGUUUUUAUAAUUAAUAGGAAUCAUUAAAUAGUCCUUAUUAUAAACUGUAAUAAUUAAGCUAUUUAUAAUGCCAAUUUAUUGUGUUGGGGGGCUUAGUUUUCUUUACAAACUUACAUUAAAAUCACAAUAUAUAUUAUAAUGAAUAUACAUGCUUAAUGAUCGUGGUUUUGAUUUCGAAAGAUAUUCUAAAGUAUGCUAUGAACACAAACUUAGUAUAUUAGUGUAAAUGUUCAUGUGUGCUAGUUUUACAGAUGUGUUUGUGAGUUAGUGAAGUUGCUUUUGGUCAAUCCCUAUGACAAAAUAUAUAAAUAGACGGCGUCAUAUUCACGUAUACAAUAUUUUAUUUUCUAAUAUUUUUUUUUAAUAAUUAUAAUCUUUAGAAAAUAUGGUGUUCACUGCGUAUGUAAAAUAUAAUAUUUAGUUUAGUUUUAGUGCAUAUGUUGUACUAAAAUAAACAUCUCGAAAGUAGUAUUGUAGAAUCAGUAUGUACCUAUGAAAUGUUUCUUUAGUUUGAUUGUUGCUGUAUGUAACAUCACAGUCUAAUACAGAACACGACCCCAUUAUAUUAUUUAAUUAAUAUCCGUGAAAAGACAAAACAAUUACGAUAAAAUACUAAAAUUAAAACUAGGUCUAGUUUGACAGGAGACUAAUGGACACUAAUUGUUUGUUUACAUCUAUUCCGUAUCUUUCUCACACUUAGGAGAGUUAUCUAACUCUCACACAGGGCAUGUCUAUUACACUGGUAUACUAAGUUUAUGGGUUUUGAAUUAAAUGGAAUAUGAUAUCGAAUGUUCAUAUUAAAAACUCAUAUCCACUAAGAUAUUUAAUAAACCGUCAUUUUAAUUGUUAAAUGAAUAAUGCAAAAUAAUAUGAUACAUCACAUUAAAUCAGUAAAUAUUAGUUAACAUGAUAUAUGCUCAAACAGGUUAUAAUGUAGAAGGCUUUCAUAUAAUAAUUAUCUUAAAUGGUAAGUAACAUGUUGCAACCGAAUUAAUGUAUUACUUUUAUGGUCAGUAAAUAAAGAAUAAUUAAUUUCUUGCAUAGUCAUAAAUAAGGACCUUUAAACGUGAGAUUGUUUGAAAUGUAAAAAAAAUGUGGAAAAUUUCAUUUGUCAGUCUCAAAAAUUAUAACUUUUAUUUUAAUCAAUAUAUUUAGUUUUUUUAGUUAUUCAAUAAUUACCAAUGAUAUUGCACUUAAUACACGUUCUGCAUAAGUUUUGUAUUCUUAUUAUCGAAAAUAUACCAGUAUGAGUGUAUAUGCCUAUCAUGAGUUUACUUCUCUUUGGUUCCGUCAUUUUGUAUGAAAAGUAUAGCGCUCGUUGUGUCAAGUAUUUGUAUGAAAACGGUGUAGCGCUCCAAUCGGAAUAUUCUUAACUAACUUAAGUACUUAGGGAGCAAAACUCGUGAUAGACGCAAUUAGAUUUAACUAUUGGUACGUUUUGUAUUCAAUUAGCUCGAAUUUAAGUAUAGGGCGCCAUAUUUAAAUGUUCGAAAGCAAUUGUAUGUAUAUAUAUAUUUGUACAUUAUAUUAUCAUAAUCAGCAUUGUAUUCAAUGUAUUUUAGUACAAAAAGUGUGUGUGUGUACUUAUGUAUGCACGCAAGAAGUUAUACUUCUUUUGCGUAACAUAGCAAAAAUCCUUAAAAUUAUUUAUUGCUCCUGGUAUUCUACGUUUCUAGAAAGAACAAUAUUGUUAGAAUCUUGCAAAGACGGCUUUGACAAUUAACUAUUUUAUAACUAAUACGGCUGUAUGGGCUUGAACCCUUUGUCUGUCCUAAUAAUGGACGAAGAAAACAAAAAAAUUAUAACGAAUGUCGCAAACGUCAGAAAAUUUUAGGAACCAACUUCACCCUGUUACUUUUGUGUUACAGUACUUCAUAAUUUUUUCAUAACGUGUAAAAAGAAGUAUAACUUCAAAAAGCAAAAGUAUUUAUUGUUUUGCUAACAUCGCGUACCUUAAGAGUUUAUGAUGAUUAUUAUCACAAUGGAAUUGCCUGUGUAUGCUGACCUAUAGAUGGCUGGUGCGUUGUCAUUUAAGAACUUGAAUUUUGUUGGAUCUAUUGGAAAACUUUUAUGGGGGUUGUCCAACCAAUUCGCGCUUAAAACGGUUUACUCUUUGCGAGUACAAUUACUUCAUUAUCUAAUUCAAUACAAGAAAUAUUUGCUACAGACAGAUCUUAUAAUAGAAUAAAAGGCUUGAUAAAUAAAUACAAACUUGUAAAACUAUUUUUUUUUUUUCAAUAAUUGUGAUCAAGUUUUAAGAAGUGACUCAUUUCAUACACACCAUUAACGGUUUUCUAAAUCCUCGUAGCCGAUUGGCCGGCGAUCUGUUUCAUACCUAUAAUUAAAUACUUUUAUAUACUCAAAUAUCAUCAACAAUUAAACUUUUUUGUUAGAGCAUAUUUAUUAUAUGUAUAAUUGCUAGAUAAUAACAUCGAUUUCGAUAAUUCUGUUUCAUUCAAAUUUCGAACAUCUCUGAAAAACUACAAAAAAUUAUUUGACCUCUAUACUUAAUAUCAGUCGAGAUGACGUUUAUUUCGAAAUGCAAUGAAAUUUGACAAAUGUUGUACGUAAGUUCGAACGAUAUGAUAGUUGGGACCGACUCUAGUUUGUCUCUGAAUUAAAAAAAAACUAUGGAAGCAGAAACUUUUCAUUACCGUUACCGGUUAAAAUGUAUUAUGGUCAUAAUAUGAGGCUCCUGAAAUUAUCAUGGAGGCGUUUCAUAUGUGGAUAGAUAAAGUAGUGUAUGUAACUACAUAAUUAGGCAUUAAAAUACUUGUGUGAUGUUAUUACAAAGCCACACUCGUGUUAAAUGCCCUUCAUUAUAUGUACAUUCACAAACUACUAUUAAAAGAUUAGCAUAAUAUUAUAAUACACAAAAUAUAAAUUAUGAAAACAAAAUUUUAUGAACGAUGCGGGACUCGAACGAGCGAGUGCUCUUCCAACUGAGCUAACCGUUUGAGUGACGUAUCGUCAUAAAGUUUUGUUUUCAAAUUGUAAUGAAGUGAGGGUUUAAUAUUUAAAAACAACAAAUUGUUAAUAUUAUAAUUAUAAAACUAUGACAUUGACAUAUCACAAGCCAUCUUGUGUCAGUUUUAAUUACAAUGUACAGCAUAUUUCAAGUUAGGUGCCUUACAAAAAAAAAUAUUAUUAUUUAAAUAUUAACUGCUAGUAGCCAAGUACGAAAUAAUUAAUAUUUCAUUUUUAUACAAUAUUUAUAAGUAGAUAAUUAAAUUUUGUAAUUUGAUUAACAAAUCAAUUGAACCCUGGAUAUAGUAAUAAAAACAUGAAAUAAUUAGGUAAGAAGGUUGAGUGCCUUUAACUGGAAUCGGUGAUUAGUUUUGUAUAACUAGCAAUAUAGUAUAGAGAAUUAUUAUGAUAAGGAAGCUCGUUAUAAUAACGGAAAAUAUAUUAUUUUGCACACUA